GCGAGGAUGGCCAGCAGGAAGGCGGGGACCCGGGGCAAGGCCGCGGCCACCAAGCAGGCCCAGCGGGGCUCCUCCAACGUCUUUUCCAUGUUCGAGCAAGCCCAGAUCCAGGAGUUUAAGGAGGCCUUCAGCUGCAUCGACCAGAACCGGGACGGCAUCAUCUGCAAGUCGGACCUUCGGGAGACCUACUCCCAGCUGGGGAAGGUGAGCGUCCCCGAGGAGGAGCUGGACGCCAUGCUGCAGGAGGGGAAGGGCCCCGUCAACUUCACCGUCUUCCUCACGCUCUUUGGGGAGAAGCUCAACGGGACCGACCCCGAGGAAGCCAUCCUCAGCGCCUUCCGCAUGUUCGACCCCAGCGGCAAGGGCGUGGUGAACAAGGACGAGUUCAAGCAGCUCCUCCUGACGCAGGCUGACAAGUUCUCCCAGGCCGAGGUGGACCAGAUGUUCGCCCUGACACCCGUGGACCUGGCGGGGGACAUCGACUACAAGUCCCUGUGCUACAUCAUCACCCACGGGGACGAGAAAGAGGAGUGA